GACUGGAGGUGAGAUCUCGAGGAAUUGAUGCCUAGCUAGCUAGAAACGCGGAGAGAGUGUGUGUGUGUGUGCAUGUGACAGAGAGACGAUGCUGCUGAGGAGCUCAUCGACGCCGUUCUUGCACCCCAGCUUCCUCUCGCCGCUGUCAUCGCCGUCCGCUCUCCAGCUGCGGCGAUCCUUCUCCGACGGCCACCUGCCUUCCCUCCACUCCGACGGUGACAAGAUCACCGGCCUCCACACCGAGCUCUCCUUCUCCAUCUACAGCACCGCCUUCAUCAACAAGGUGGCGCCGCCGCCGCCGCCGCCGGUCCAGGAGCAGGACGACGACGUGGAGCUGCAGGGGAAGGCCGAUGAGCAGCAGCGUGCCUCGGAGCAGCCGGAGCUGCCGCUGUUCCUGGCGAGGGGCCUCGGCAUCGACCGCAUCGCGUCCGGCCUGUUCACCGCCGGCGGCGGCGGCGCCAGUACGGUCGGCCGCAACGCUGGCGCGGGGAGGAUGAGCGCCCUGGAGGAGGAGCACGCCGAGAAGGUGGCGGCGCUCGACGCGCAGUACAAGAAGAUGGUGGACGAGCAGCCGGGCAGCGCGCUGUUCCUACGCAACUACGCGCAGUUUCUGCACGAGGUGAAGGGUGACGCGAGGAGGGCGGAGGAGUACUACUCGCGCGCCAUGCUGGCGGAUCCCAGCGACGGGGAGAUCAUGUCGCAGUACGCCAAGCUGGUGUGGGAGGUGCACCGCGACCAGGACAGAUCCCUCACCUACUUCCACAAGUCGGUGCAGGCCGCGCCGCAGAACAGCAAUGUCCUCGCCGCGUACGCCAGCUUCCUCUGGGAACAGGACGACGACGACGACCUCGGAAAAAGUGAGCAGGAGAUGGGCGCGGGGCAUGUGAGGCAGCUGGCUUCCGCGGCCGUUUGAUCCGCGGGCGAGACUAGCUGGCGACGACGUGCUGUGCGUGCAAGUACUACUGUUUGCUACCAGUACUCCACUAUGUAAGCAGCGAAACGAUUGAACAAAUCGGCGAAUAAAUAACACCGUGGUUGGAAGAGAAGCCUGUAAAUUUUUGGAUGUUAACCAUCACGCUGUUCUUUUUUUUCACGGGUGAAAAAUAGAGAACGGGAUCUGUAAUUUGUAUUCAGUUUUAUAACUCGUGGAGUCUCGG